GCACGAUGCAAAUUUUUCAAUUACAGCACGCACGAGCAAAUCUCUUUUCGCAGGGCGCCCUCUCUUGAUUUUCAUUGGAUUUGAGUUUGUACAUGGACUAUGGCGCGCGGCGCACCCUGGCUGCCUACCCAGAAAAAUACACGCUAUAGUAUUUUGAUGGAAUCUGCACUUUCCUCGAGAAAGGGAGCACAUGGACUCACGGAACAGUAACAUGCACAUUUCUAGUUUUUAGAAUCUUUCACUGGAAUCAAGUACACAAAGAAAACCAUUAAAAAGAAAAUAAAGAACAAGAAAGCAAAACUUGAUUAGCUUAGCGAGAAAAAAUGGGAUUUGGCAAAGGGGUUGAGUGGGACAAUUUUGAAUUGCGCCUCCGCACUCAUUGCACUAUCAACUGUUAGACUCCAACAUCGAUUAUUAUCAUUUUGAUCAGUAUUCGCCGAUAUCUCGUUAUUGCUGUCAAUCAAUAUUUCUUAUUUUCCACGAUCUAUAGGCAUUGGUUGUAGCAUGUGCUUCUCAAGUGCUGUGACCAUAAUCAGCGACUCUUUUCAUAAACAUUUCUCUGUGGUUUUUGGGAUUGCUUGCUCGGGAGGAAGUGUCGGGGUGGUGACUUUACCCGUCGUUAGUGGCUUCUUGAUCGACCAUUACGGGUGGAGGGGAGCUCUGUUGCUCAUCAGUGCGAUACAAGUCAACAUCUUGGUGUGUGCCAAGUUUAUGAAGCCGACUCCCUGUGGUCAAACAUCGGCAAAUCUGGUCGACAGUGGAGGGAAGGGUUACGGUAGCCUUGAAAAUCAACUAAGCCGCGAGACAGAUUCUGUCAAGGACGAGACAGAAGUUGACAGUGAAAGUAAAGAUAGCCUCUCCUGGCAUCAAUCUAGAUCAAGUUGUGGCGUAAAUGCUCAGUAUGAAGACAAUAAUUUGGCCAAAGACAUGAAGUGGAUGGAGAAACUCGUACAAUUCCUGGAUCGCACUGGUGUGUCACUCAUCUGGACCAAUCGGGUUUUUGCUAGUUUUCUUCUGCUACCCAUACCCACGUCGGUAGGAGACGCCGUCUCUCUGCUCUUCCUCGUCGCUCGUGCAGAGUCGGUCGGAAUCCCUGGGCUGCAGGCCGAGGUAUUGCUCUCCUUGGUUGGAGUGGCCAAUAUUGUUGGAUGCUGUGCUAGCGGUCCCCUUGUAAAUGCUAAUGUUGCCGAACUUGCAUUCAUCUAUUGUCUUUUCGAGGCAGUGGUCAGCAUUUCUGCGAUGGGCGUCGCUGUCCUAGAGAGCUAUGCCUUCUUUGUGGCCUAUGCAGCUUUGUAUGGCUUCUCAUCCGGGGUCUACAUCCCUUUAGGAGGGAUCACGGUGCGUCGAAUUGUUGGACAAGAAAGGUUUCCUGGAGGAUUUGGUAUCGCACUAGUGUUGGUUGCCAGUGGCAACAUGCUGGCAGGAUCUGUAAGCGGUCAUCUUUACGAUACCACCAAGAGCUACAGUAGCUGCUUCUACGUACUCGGAGCGGCUGCUGGCCUCUGCGCGGUCUUGUCGCUGGGGCUUCACCUGCUAUGGACCAGACUGAUUCCAGAUGACCGAUGGCCAAGCAUUGUACGGCUACCUCUCCAGCGUUGAUAUUUUGUUUUCAGAUGUUUAUCUGAGGAUGGACAUCACACCAACACCAUCAUCACCAACAACAAUAAUAUCAACGCAUCUAAACGACGCACAGUAUCUGCAGCUGAAAACGCGUGUAAUAAUCUCUGCCCAUGCACGUUGGACUCUAAAACCAUUUCAGCUCCCCGGGGUGUAGGCUAAACAUAAUAACCAUAGCUGCCCUCAUAGGUAGGGGAGACCGGGGAUGAACGUUACAAAAUUAACAUUUUGCACCAAAUAAUUGUAAUGAAAGAACUCUAAUACUCCCUCUUGGGUAUGUGGGUAGCCCAUUAUGUUUACUAUAACUUGAAGUAUACAAAACAUGAAAACAUAAAGCAACUAAUUAUCUACUCAUUAAUUAAUGAAGGUAAAUUUUAGUAACAACUUACCCCACUUACCGGGUAAGUUGUUACACCAUACGGGGUAAGUUGUUACAAUAUGUAAAUAACUUAUAUCACUCAUUUUGUUGUACAAUAGCAGUUACCACCUCAGUCUACUACCAAGAAAGCAACUGCAUUGUCAGUUAAGGUGUUUAUAAAUAAAGGAACUACUUGUUCAUUCCAGCGAUAAAUUUAACUUUUGUUUUAAUUAGAAACACCUGAAAUAUAGCUAAAAUACCUCUUCGGGAUUAAUAAGGAUCACUGUCCAAAAUUUAG